AUGACACCGCGGUUCCUGAACUACCCCACGCCAAGAGUUCAUGAGACGCCUUUCGAAGCACCACCAGAGGGACAGAAUCCUAUUUUCAAGGGAAAGAUAUUGGACAUUCUUUCAUAUGCGGUCGCUGCAAUUCCCCUAGUUCCACAUGCGCUCUGGAGCAACGCCGGCUUCAGCUCAUUGCGAAAAUGCCGCAAGCUCGAUGGCAUCGAUCCACGAUACGAUCCCACUGUGAUUCUGCUCCCGUAUGACAACGAUGAAGCUCCUGGGAGCUAUACAGAUGUUACAAGUUUCCGUACACUGCCCAAUGCCUCGGAUACACGCUUCUAUACCAUCCAGGACUUUCAUGACGCAUACGCGAGCGGUGCGACCACACCCACCGAUGUAGUCGAAGCUCUUCUACCUCUCAUCCUCAGAAAUGGGGAUCACAAGAAGAGGACGCUUGCGACUGCGUUUAUGGAGAGCAAGGCAGAGCUUAUAAGACAGGCUGCUGCGGAGUCGACGCAGAGGUGGAAGCAGGGUCAACCACUAGGCAUACUUGAUGGUGUACCUUUUGGUGUCAAGGAUGAUCUGGCAAUCAAGGGUUACAAAAGAUAUAUUGGCACGACGCACGACUACACUGAUGGCGGAGAUAAGGAGACAAGUUGGUGUGCGAAAAAGGUCGAGGAAGCAGGAGCUAUACUCGUGGGGAAGCUGACUAUGCAUGAGCUUGGGAUGGACACUACCAACAACAAUCCCAAUUGGGGCACUCCACUUAAUCCAUACAACAAUUCAUACUACACCGGAGGGUCAUCAGGUGGUGCUGCCUCAGCCGUCGGGUAUGGAAUCAUUCCUUUCGCCAUCGGUUCAGACGGCGGUGGCUCUGUUCGUAUCCCGAGUUGCUACUGUGGUCUUUAUGGUCUCAAAACCUCCCAUGCUCGUGUAUCGGUCGCACCAAUGCCUGAUGCAGGCAAGUCGGUCACAGUUCGAGGCCCGUUGGCGAGUAACAUGUCAGAUCUCGAAAUUUCAUAUCGCGUCAUGGCCCAACCUGACCCAACACACUACCCUUCAUCGGAUUUCAGCCCACCAAAGAAGAUCUCUGGACCAAGACCCAAAGUCAUUGGAAUUUACAAAGCAUGGCUUGAUCGUGCAGAUCCGGCUGUCCAAGAGGCUUGCCAGUCAGCGUUACAGUACUUCAAGUCUGAACUAGGCUACGAGACUGUCGAUAUCACCAUUCCCCUUCUACCCCAAGGGCAAAUAGCUCAUGCCAUGACUAUCCUGGCCGAGGGUGCAAGCGGCCAUCGGAGUUCUAUAUACGAUCUCACUAGCCCCAACAGGGUUCUCAUGAGCGUCGCUAAGCAGACACCCGCUACAGACUUCCUCCUCGCUCAGCGGGUACGCAAUAUUCUUAUGGAACAUCUAGCGCACCUUUACCGCACCCAUCCUGGCCUCGUCAUCGUCACACCAACCACACCAAAUGCAGGCUGGCCCAUCGAAGAUGGCGAGCUCAGUUAUGGUGUGUCGAAUGGCAACCAGCAGCUUCGCAACAUGGAAUAUGCAUGGCUGGCAAACUUCACGGGAAUACCUUGCAUCCAGUUCCCCGUGGGGUACGUAGAUGGUGUCAAGGGUGCUGGUAAGGUCCCCAUUGGCAUGAGCGGCCACGGGGAAUGGGGCAGCGAAGAUGCUCUCAUCGAAUUUGGGUUCGAUGGCGAAAAGUUCCUACAGGAAGGAUAUGCGGGAGGGAGGCUAAGACCUGAAGGCUGGGUCGAUGUGCUGAACACCAAGUAG